GCAGAGGAGGCAGGCAGUCAGCGGCAGCAUUCAGUGACGUCGCUCACCCACUCACUCUGCAUCUCCAGCCAGCCAAACCGCCCAGUCAUCCUCGCUCUGUUGCCUUCCUUCUCGUUUCCAUUGUGGCUUUGUGAUUCUCUGGUCAAACUCGUGCACAACAAACAGCCAUCAUCCUCCAACAGCCAACAGCUCGGGAUCUAGGCCUCCAUUGACUUCAAUCGACACGCUCCACCCCAGCACACAUCGCCCAUCAUGCCCCUCCCGGAAAUCACAAAGACGAUCGAGCCCUACUUCCUGCUCAAGGAGGACAAGCUGUGCGAGAUUGUCGAGUUCUUCAAGCAGGAGCUCGAUGCAGGCCUGACAAACUACGGCGAGGACGUCGCCAUGGUGCCGACCUUUGUGCCCGGCGUUCCGGAUGGCUCGGAGCAAGGCACCUUCCUCGCCCUCGACCUUGGAGGCACCAACCUCCGCGUGUGCGAGGUCCGCCUGCACGGCAACAACAAGUUUGACAUCAAGCAGCAAAAGUACAAGGUGUCGGAGGAGUUGAAGCAGGGCCAGGCGCGCGUGCUGUUUGACUACAUCGCCGACUCGGUCGACGCCUUCCUGACCGACAUUGGCAGCGACCUGCAGCCCGAGGGCAACGAGCCCCUGCUGCUCGGCUUCACGUUCUCGUUCCCCGUCGAGCAGACGGCCCUGGACAGAGGCAAGCUGCUCACCUGGACCAAGGGGUUCAACGCCAAGAACGCGGUCGGCAACGACGUUGUCAAGCUCCUCCAGGACGCGUUUGACCGCAAGCAUAUCCACGUCAAGUGUGUGGCGCUGGUUAAUGACACCGUCGGCACCCUCCUCUCCAGGUCAUACCAGAACGGCCCCGCCCUCAUCGGCGCCAUCUUCGGCACGGGCACCAACGGCGCGUACAUUGACCGCACGAGCACCAUCAAGAAGCUUGGCAAGGACAAGGUUGCCGAGCUCGAGAAGGGCGGCGAGCACGCGGGCGAGUACAUGAUUGUCAACACUGAGUGGGGAGCAUUUGACAACAAGCGCCGCUGCCUCCCCGUCUCCAUCUUUGACAACAAGCUUGACCGCGAGUCGAUCAACCCGCGCAAGCAGGCAUUCGAGAAGAUGGUCUCGGGCAUGUACCUUGGCGAGAUUACGCGCAACAUUUUGCUGUUCCUGAUCGACUCGUCGCUGCUGUUUGACGGCCACAGCUCGGAUAUCCUCAACACGCACUACGGCUUUGACGCAGCCUUUGUGUCCAAGGUGGAGGGCGCCAAGACGGACGACGAGGUCAAGGCGGCCAUCAUCGACGACCUCAAGGUGGACGUGGCGAACGUGCGUGACUCGGAUGCGCCGCUCGUGCGCUGGGCCGUCAACAUUGUCGCCGACCGCGCGUGCACGCUCUCCGCGACGGCCAUUGCCGCGAUCGUGCUCCACACCGCUCCCAACAGGCGCAAGGAGGAGGCGCAGACCAUCGACGUCGGCGUCGACGGCUCGGUCGCAGAGUUCCUGCCCAACUUUGAGAAGCGCGUCCGCGGCGCCCUGCGGCAAGUCCUCGGCGAGGAGACGGAGAAGAAGAUCACCAUCGGCCUCGCAAAGGACGGCUCGGGCGUCGGCGCCGCCCUCGGCGCGCUGACUGCCAAGAAGGCCGCCGCGGCCCACGGACGUAAAGUGUAAAUAUCGUAACGCGGUAUAAUCGCCCCCAGGCGGCGAAAGUAGCUUCGUGCAUGCAGUCGUGUUCGAGG